GCGCCAGCACUGCAGCCCAGCAGAGAGCCGCGCGCGCCGCCAGCUCCGCGAGGGAUGGAGCAGACCGAGGUGCUCAAGCCGCGGACCCUGGAGGAUCUGAUCCGCGUCCUGCACCAGCUCUUCGCCGGCGAGGAGGUCAACGUGGAGGAGGUGCAGGCGGUCCUGGAAGCCUACGAGAGCGACCCCGCCGAGUGGGCGGCGUACGCCAAGUUCGACCAGUACCGGUAUACUAGAAAUCUUGUGGAUGAAGGAAAUGGAAAAUUCAAUCUAAUGAUUCUGUGUUGGGGUGAAGGACAUGGCAGCAGUAUCCAUGAUCACACCGACUCCCACUGCUUUCUGAAGAUGCUGCAGGGAAAUCUAAAGGAGACCUUAUUUGCCUGGCCUGACAAAAAAUCCAACGAGAUGAUCAAGAAGUCUGAAAGAAUCUUGAGAGAAAACCAGUGUGCUUAUAUCAACGAUUCCAUUGGCUUACAUCGAGUAGAGAACAUUAGCCACACGGAACCUGCUGUGAGCCUUCACUUGUACAGCCCACCGUUUGAUACGUGCCAUGCCUUUGAUCAAAGAACAGGACAUAAAAACAAAGUCACCAUGACAUUCCAUAGCAAAUUUGGAAUCAGGACUCCAUUUGUAACUUCGGGAUCCCUGGAGAACAACUAA